AGAAACUGAGCUGUUAUAAUAGUUGGCGGCACCACUUUCGGCGUUUUGAAGCGCUUCCUCCUGCCCCUCGUUCAAGUUUCAAUACGCAUCAUGCCGGGGGUGGUGCAGAUCCCCGUCGAGCCCCAGGUGGGGCGCAAUGCCAUCCGCAUUGAGCUUGACGCUUCCGAGCUGGGAGAGACUUUGCGGCUGCUGACCCUGGCCGUGAAGGCAUUUGAGGACCAGGCGGGAGCGCCUGUGACUGCAGAGCCGCAGCCUGCUCCUCAGGCCAUCCCAUUCUUGACCCAGAUCCCCGUCAGCAGGCUCGCCUCUCCCGCCCAGCGUGCUCCCACCCCCCCUGCUAACCACCAGCCAGCACCCCCUUCCCAGAGCUUCACUGCACAACCAAUUCAGAGCUUUGCUGCGCCGCCGCAGUCCGUCGCUCCACCUCCAAUCUCAUACUCCCAGCCAGAGAGCUCAGAGGCCUCCUCAUUCAGCUUUCCGGCCGUAGUUUCCCCUCAUGCUCAAGGCCACUCCUUCCCGCCUGCCAACCAGCAAUUUCAAAAGCCAGCAGAGCCAGCCCCAGCGGCCUUGAAUGGAGUCGUCAGUGGGGCCGUCAAGCAGAUCCCGCCGCAGGCCUCUCCCUGGAAGCGCUGCUGGGUGACUGCGGCCGAGGAGCACAACCGCCACCCCGUGACUGCCAUGCUGUACUCGUCGUCCUACCAGGGCCUGGCUGACGGGGACGGCCACGCCGGCUGGCUGGUCAGCGCAUCCAACCGCCUGCUGAACCUGUGGGAGUGCAACGCAGGGGGCGGGGUCGCAGGGGAGCCGUCGCUACAGGUGAUGCACAGCCAAGCGACGGACUACCAGGUUUUGGGCCUCGACCGCGACCCGCAGCACCAGUUGCUCGUGAGCGCCGCGCAGCACCACCAGGGGAGCCUCUGCGUCACGCUGCACUCGCUCUCAGGGGACAACUUCUUCGCCUACAAGGGCUUGAUCCGCGUGACGGACCCCGCCAAGGCGCUGUCGCUGAGCCAGAACCACAAGCAGGCGGGCGUGGUGGGGCUGCCGCUGAUGCACCUCGCGUCGCUCAACCCGCACGGGGGGCCCCUCAAGACCUCCGUCAUUACCACCGUCGCAACUGACGUGUACGUGUAUGACAUCACCAAGGCGGCCGGCACCGCGGGCCCCCUCCCGACGCUGACCAAGGCCACGUGGCGGGCCCACGAGGGACAGAUCACGGCGGUGCACCGCAGCGCGUUUGGAAUCAGCCUGCUCACGGCGGCAAGCAACGGCAACAUCAGAAUCUGGGACCUGCGCGCCAAGCCGAGCGCCCCCGCCACCCAGUUCCAGCACGGGCGGUCGCUCGUGACGGGCCUCGAUCUGCUGGACCCCAACCGGCUGGCCUCCACCUCCGCUGACGGCACCAUCUGCUUGUGGGACAUCCGAGGUGCCGCGUCCGCCACCCAGACUUUGACUCCCGACCAGAAGCCAGUGACCCGCCUGUCUGCCAGCCCGCUGAAGGACGCUCUUGCCAUUACCACUGGAAGAGGGCUGUACUGCCUCGAGCUGUCUGAAACCAGCGACUCUCCCCCUGCUUGCUGCCCUCUGUCGCCACUCCCCCCGGUCGGUCCGAGCUUGGGGCUCCGCUGGAAUGAGCGCACCGGCGAGAUCUACGUUUCGAACCCGGAUGGCACAAUCACAGUCUACCACAGGAAGUAAAGUCGUUGAAACAAGGAACUUUCGAGGGGAAGAUUGAUUGUAUUACGGAAGGAGAACAUACGCAACGUGCGUUUGUUGCAAGUCAAACUACCUUAGGAACUUUGCACGUGUAGAAUCUCGGUUGCGCUGAUGAGUUUGAAAGUCUUCGUUGC